AUGCAACCCUCCUUAAUAAAUCUUUUAUUUUGGAUGUUAUGCAUCAACUAUAUUGACUGUCAAUGCACCACUAUUACAAUUGGAAAAUUUCCUAAUUAUGGUGGUAUCACAGACUAUCUCGACCCUGGAAUAAACAGAACGUUCCUCCUUUCCAAUUACCCGAUCAACUGUUGUGGCUACAUCUCUCAGUGGGAAACAGAUGCACGCAAUACAGGAGAUCUCUACGCACAGUUCUGGAGAUCAGUGGAAGGAAACUGGGUGUUGGUCGGAGAAAAUAGAUUGACUGUUCCAGCCACCGGUUCAAACACAUUUCCGAUCACUUUAUCAGAACGGAUUGCCGUCGAAGCAAACGAUGUGAUCGGUUUUAAGUCGCCAGGGUCUACGAUUCCUAAUGCCAAGGAAAAGAAUGGAGGGAGUUUCACGGUGAUGUAUAAGGAUGGGUCUACGGCGUCCAUCGGAGACACGGAGGCAUUUUCUGAUUAUGGGGUUGACAACACGGAGUUCGCGAUUAUAUCAACAGUCGGACCAGGAAGCUCGCCAUCAUUCAGUACCACGCCGACAACAAACACUAUCACAGACGACUCGCCCAUAGGGACGCUGGUGCUCUCUGUCAAUGUGACUGAUGUUGAUCCCGGGGACUCGGUCGUCGUGUCCUUGUCCACCAUUGUUCCUUCCUCCUCAGCGUACUCAUUCAACGCAACUUCAAUGGAGUUACAGACCACUUCCGCGUUAACUUCCGGUGCGUUCCAGUUCACCUUCACGGCCACUGACCAUUGCGGCAACGCAGCAACCCACACACUGGACCUAACUGUACAUAAUCCACCUCCAGUGAUACACAACCUCCCUGCAGGCUCGUCCAUUAAUGAAAACUCAAAAACGGAAUCACAGCUGUACACGAUAAACGUAACCGACGAUUCUGCCAACGAUGCAAUCACGUGUUACAUAGAGAAAACCACCCCACAGAUGGCUGACUUUUAUAUCAGACGGACCAGUCUGGAUACAUAUGAAUAUUCAAUUUAUUUGGGAUCAAACGCGAAUACACACCUAGACUAUGACACUGCUCCGUCCAUUGAUCUCAACACCUGUUGUACCGACGCAAAGGUCAAUGUCUGUAGCAACUACACAGUGACUCUCAUCAAAAACCACCCUCCCGUCAUCUCCAGUUUACCGGCCACAGCUGUAGAUGUGUAUAUUGGUUCUGUGGAAGGGACACCAGUUUACACAGUGGUAGCAACCGACCCCGAGUCUGAUAGUAUGACGUAUGAAAUCACGUGUAACAACAGCUGUCCUUUCAGGGUUUCAGAGAACGGAGAAAUCUUAGUAAAUGGCAGUCUAAGUGGAUUAAACGGGACGGACUACAAUGUUUCCAUAUUUGUUUUUGAUGGGAAAAAUAAUGUUGGACCAGAAAAUAUAACUUUAUCCAUCUCGGGUACUGAGCCUGCCACUACCACUACCACGACAGCUGCCUCUGUCCAGGCAGCCACUGAUGGCGUGGAUUCCAACACUCUCAGCGCCAUCUACACAGUGGCGGGAAUUUCCGCAGUCACGUGUUGUUCUGUUAUUGGAGUAGGGCUGUUGGCGCUAAAAAUUUAUCGCAACGUUAAUCGACAAAUCAAACCAUCCAUCGGAGAUUAGUUUAUGAACAGACCCAGUUACCUGAAUAUCUCCGAUUAUGUGAUAUUUAAUAGAAUUUCGAUUAUUUAUUGUUUUGAGCGAUAAGUUUGCACCAGAAUACUUUCAAACGCAAUUGGAUAUUGCAUAUCUCCAGUGAAGCAUACAUAAGUGAUUAAUUGAUUUCUUUAGCUGACUUUGGGUUUAGGGAACUUUUGCAAGUACAUGUAUUUACGAUACAGUUUCAUAAGAGCUUAAUCAUAUGAUGAUGCAUGUAAAUUGUUCUUAGAUGAUGAUAUUUUAAAAUUUUAAAUAUUGCACGUUUUCUCGUUUGGGUCCAAAUAUUUAUAAAAUUGUGUGAGAGUACACUACAGCUUUAGUUAUAGCGACAAUAUUAUAAUGAACUGUUUUGUUUUAAGCAAUCUCGGAGAGAGAGAGAGAGAGAGAGAGAGAGAGAGAGAG